GGGGGAACUCUAGCAAAGAAAUGUAUGUGUGUCAUGAGAUGCCACUACCAGCAAUAAGAAGGUCUAUUAAGUAUGUUUGCAUAUGUGAAACACCCACAAGGCGGUGAGAGGUCAAGUUCUGGAUCUUAAGAGUAAAGAAAGGCAAGAGCAGUGUGUUAGUACUACAUGAAAUGUUGGAUGUUUGUGGUUUGUACUCGUAGUCCAUAUAUUUACUGUGCAAGACUUGGAUAGUUACCUUAUUUUAUUAAUGAGCAAAUCUGUCCUGGAUGUACAGUUUGGGUCAUCCCGCAUUUACAUUGUUUUAUUGUAUUUUUAGCUUAAUCUACCAGCAUUUAAUCUCAUUGCAGAUUUAGUUUUUCUCCAAAUCUGUUUUGCUAGCUUUUUUCACCCUUACAGACUUGGCAACCGUCAGUCUUUAGAACGACUCCUUUGUGAACUUGAGAAAAAAAAAGAGUGAGUUUGCAUUUUUUGCAUUUUAUUGUUACACAUGUUUUAAAAACAUGCAGUUGAUUCUUGGUUAUUUUAAGGUUACUUUGUGGUUAAUAGUAAUGUGUAGGAGAUGACACAACAAUGAAUGGACAAUACAAACAAGGCAACAAACAGUACUACAGUGUAAAACUACAAUGUAAGCCUUGUUAUUCUUCCCCAAGAGCAUUCCUCCGACUCUGAAAGAUGCAAAUGCAGCAGUGAAUUAUAGACUCUGUAUGCUCGCUAGUCUCUAUGACUGAUAAACUGAUUUGUUCUAUCUUCCCCUUUAAAAUGAAUCAUUAACGCAAAUGUGACGACAAUUAAAGUGGGUGGACAUUGAAUGCACUUCAACACUUGACCUGUUUCCACUUCUCCACUUCUGCUGAAAGCAGACAGUUGCUGCUUUCUUUGCCAAGAUCUUCAGAGAUAUGUCAACUCAGGGACAGUCCAGUUCUGUUUCUUAAUAAUACCGCAACUAAAAUGGCUAGCAAGCAGCAAAGUCAGCAAGAUGAGCCACAUGGAGUUGACCUGGACUGCAUUCAGUUUUCCUGUUCAGUGUGUUUGGAUCUUCUGAAAGAACCCGUCACCAUUUAUUGUGGACACAGUUAUUGUAAAAGCUGCAUUGAGCAUUGCUGGGAUGGAGAGGAGGAGAAGGGUGAAUACAGCUGUCCUCAGUGCAGGGAGACAUUCAGCCAUCGGCCUGUUCUCAGGAGGAACAACAUGCUGGCCGAGGUUGUGAAUAAGCUAAAGAGCACAAAGUCAACAUGUCCUUCUCUGGUCUAUGCCAGCCCAACAGAUGUUGCCUGUGACUUUUGCUGUGGGAUCAGAAUCAAAGCCACCAUGUCAUGUUUGACCUGCUUGGCAUCUUACUGUCCCACUCACCUCGAGCCUCACUACAGUGUUGCUGUGUUGAAGAAGCACGAGCUGGUGGCAGCUACAGUGUCAAUACAGGAGAAAAUGUGCACGAAGCACAGCAAGUUAAAGGAGCUCUACUGUGAGCAAGAUGAGCAGCUUGUUUGCUCUUUGUGCACAGUGGAUGAGCACAAGGGCCACGGAUGUGUUUCCGCUUCAGCACUCAAGGAUAAGGCAAAGAAUCAGCUGGCUUUAAAUCAAAGGAAAAUCCAGGACAAAGUCGAAAAGAAAGAGAAGAAGCUGAAAGAACUGAGCCAAGCUGAGGAGAGUCUCAAGAGUUCUGCUCUGAUUUCCCUGAACGACUGUGACAAGAUCUUCGAUGAGCUCAUCUCUUCCAUGCAAAGAAAACAGAGUGAGGUGAAGCAGCUGAUUAAAGCCCAAGAAAAAACUGCCACCGCUCAGGUGGAGGACCACCAGUCUCAGUUGAAGGAGGAGAUUACAAAGCUGAAGAGAACAUACGCUGAACUGGAAAAAGCUUCGGAUGCAGAUGACCUCAUAUAUCUGAUGCAGCAUCUCUCCACUUCCUGGGAUUCUCCAGAUGGCUCACCUGGAGCUCCUCCUCAACGCUCCUUUAAAGACAUAACCGAGUGUUUGUCUGAGCUCAAAGAUAAACUGGAAAUGUCACUGAAAGAAACAUGGCCCAUGAUCUCAGCCACAGUUUCAUAUGUUGACUUCUCACUACCUCCGGCCCCCAGCAGCAGAGAAGAGCUUUUACGUUAUGUUUAUCCCCUCACACUGGAUGGGACCUCAAACUAUCGUUAUCUCCACCUGAUAUGCGAGAAUCGCAGGAUGAGGCCUUCACCCGGCCAGGCUUCAGUGCAUCUGGACAGGUUCACUAAAUUUCCCCAGGUGCUGUGCAGAGAGGGUUUGUCCAACCGGUGUUACUGGGAGGUAGAGGGACAUGCUCGCAUUUUGUCUGUAGCAGUGGCUUAUAAAAACAUCAGCCGGACAUCAGAUGAGUCACAGUUUGGCAAAAAUGACAAGUCCUGGAGUUUAGAUUGCACUGCAGAUGGCUUUUUAUUCUGUCACAAUAAUGUAGAAACCAAGGUGCCCGGCUCUGGUCUCUGCAAGAUUGGAGUCUUCCUGGAUUAUAAAGCAGGUACUCUGUGUUUUUAUCGUGUCUCUGACCCAAUGAUUCUAAUCCAUCAAGUCCAGACUGCAUUCAUCCAACCUCUUUAUCCUGGGGUUGGGAUAAAUUAUGAAUGGUAUGAUACUGGAGUAUUUGCACAGCUGGUUAAGUUAUGGUAAAUCUUUUCGAAGUGAUAGAGAUGUUAAAUAUUUUAAGAUCCCAUCUCUAAAGGAUUUUGUCAUCCAUCGCAAAAGCGUAGCACAUGAAGUUGGGAAGUAUAAAAAUACAAAUUCUUCGUUACUAUACUUAAGUAGAAUAUUCAGGUAUCUGUACUUGAGUAGUAGAGAUACCUGUACUUGAGCUUCAACUUUUUUAAACAAAUAUUUCUAGUGUAAUUUCUAGUCUUAUACUCAGGGAUUAAAGCCGGAACGAGUGCAGGUCCUCGUAAAUUGUGGCUGUGGUACCUCAGCAUAUAUUUAGUGCUACUGAAAAGCAGCAAAUAUAAUGAAAGUAUUUUUUUAAGUGGUAGGUAAUUUCAAAUGCAACAUUUCUAUUAGCUCAACAAACGUCGGCAAAACACACACAAACUGUUUUAGCGCAGUGUGUUAACCCUAAAGGUUCAGCUGCUGUAUCUCACAGUGUGACAAAGUGGGUUAACAGUUGGAAUACUCAUUACUUGUCUCAUAAGUAUUAACUUUUUACACAUUAAGCACAUUAUUCUCCACAUGUUAGUGAUGGCCAUAUGGCACAGAUUCAAGUGGCUCUGCAUAUUUUUGGCUGCCAGAUGGCACCAGAUAGGACUGUGUUGAAAAGCUUCUAGUGUUGAAUCAUGUUUUGAUAAAAGCCUCAGUUUUUUUUUUUUUUUUUUUUUGAAAAAAUAAAUAAACAAAUAAAAGCCUGUCUAGAGUUUCUGGACUUCAAAGGGGUGAUGAGGUCAUGUCUGAUGUACCCAGGCUAAACCAACACGUGCAGCAUUAGGAAUGUUUUCUUUUGUUUGUUUUCAGGUAACGAAGUGAUUUUUCAAGACUAUCUUUAACUUUAACAGAGCCAUUUAGCUGUAUUUAUUCAAUUCAAUUCAAUUUCAUUUAAAUAGCACCAAAUCACAACAAAAGUCGCCUCAAGGUGCUUUAU